GUGACAAUGCUUCCUGCGCCUAUCGUGCACCCCUUUCCAAUCGUCACGCCUGGCAUAAUGGUGGUAUUGCCGCCUAUCCAGCAAUCGUCUCCAAUAGUGACACUGCCGCCAUACUCGAUUCCGUUGCGACGCGACUGCACAUCAGUCUCGUGUGUGGCGCCGAAUAUUGAAACG